AUGAUCAUCAUCACAAACAUUCUACCAAAAACGCUUUCUAUCAUAUUAAAAGAAGGAAGUACCAUAUCCAAUUCUGGCUGCUUCACCCAAAUUUACUUCCUUUCUCAAUCUGCCAUUACUGAGUCCCUUCUUCUCACUGUAAUGUCCUACGAUCGAUACUUGGCCAUCUGUCACCCACUGAGAUAUUCCUCUAUUAUGGACUUGAAACUUUGUGUUUAUCUUGUAAUUCCUCCCUGGCUACUGGGUUUGCUCUUUGCACUGCCCCAUAAUAUUAUUUUAAGCCAAAUGGCCUUUUGUGAGUCAAAUACUAUUAACCAUUUUUACUGUGAUUUGGUUCCCCUACUCAAACUGUCUUGUUCAAGUACGUUAGCUAAUAAAAUAGUGAUCAUUAUAUUGUCUUUUCCAGUAACUUUGUGUCCAUUAAUAAUUAUUACAUGGACUUACAUUAGUAUUUUAUUAACAAUUCUUCAUAUCUCUGCCACCACUGGGAAACAGAAAGCCUUCUCCACCUGCAGCUCCCACCUGACCGUCGUAUGUCUAUAUUAUGGAACACUAGCAUUUAAUUAUCUGUCUCCAUCUAAAGAAGAAUACUUGGGCCUUCAAAAGUUAGUUUCUGUGCUUUACACUGUAGUCACCCCGUUAUUAAACCCAAUUAUAUACAGUCUGCGGAAUAAGCAGAUCAGAGGGGCAAUAAUUAAAUUUGUCUUCAGGAGGAAAAAUAAAUAA